AGAUUCAGAUACUUUGGAGCCCUUUGCCAAUUCCCAACGGGAAAAGGGACGAGGUCGCGACUCGCGAAUCCCUGUCUCGAGUCCCUAUCUCCGCCAUCUCUCUGCCUACCUCUGUAUAUCUCUGUCAAACUAUCUCUUUCUUAUUUUCUUUCGUUCGGCAAACAAUGCUCUAGAGAAUGAUUUCGUACACGGGCAGCGGGGGAGAGUGGGAGAAUUUUCCCUUUCUCCCCCGCCUGCCCUUUCUCUCUGAACACGAAAAAUAAAAACACACACACUUUUUAUGCAUCUUGAGUUCGAAAACAUUUGAUGCAACAUCAGAACUUGAACAAGUUUUAUUUUAACCCAACACACACGCAGACACAAAGCCUUAUAUACGCAAUAUAUAUACCCACAAACACACACACACAUAUAACCUAUAUAUACUUACCGCCUUAUAACUGUUACAAUCUAGUAAAAAAAAAAAAAACAGAAAUGUAGAUCCUAGAAAAUGUUCGCUUUUAUGCCAACUAAAGUUUGAGUUGUUCGUAGUGUUUUCACACUGUUUUCCACUGUUGAUUUUUCAUUUCCCACAUUGACACACACACGUACACACACAUACACACACGUACACAAAGCCAAAGCCAAAGCCUGACACGUUUCAUUCAGUUUGCUACAUGUUUUGCAUAUUUUUUACUGUUUUGUUCUUGUUGCCGUUGUCGCUUAAUUAAUUUGCAACUUUGUGCCGACGAGAAUGAGGACAGUGGAGGCAGUCAACAUAAAUGAACGUCGUUCGAAUUAACAUUAAGUGCAGUGCACUACCCAUACAUGUACCCGGAACACACCUACACAUUCACACAGUUGCCUACACCCACGCACACUCAGACAGCAGCUUAGUCAUUUCAUUGUUCGCUACCCAAUAAAAUCUCGAUUUUGUUGCACACUUUUCGGCGCCACAAUGGAGGCAUCUUCGCUUGGCCCAUUUAUGUAUGCAACAGUAAUGCAUUGCCAGGUCCUGGAAAAGUGCAUUUCCAUUUCCACCCCCCCACGCCCCUCCAUUGUUGCAAUCCAUUAUUUAUCGAGGGGGGCGGCGUAUUGCUUCCCCCCGGGAAAUCAAUCUGAAACAAAGUCUGGAGUUACUGCAACUGCAGCUUAACUUUUCACCCACCGACCUCCCCAAGGACAUGCCAAACAACCAACUGCUUAUUACUGAUCCAAACUCUUACGCCCCCACUCCUCUAAUUACAUGUUUGCCCCUAGCAAAACUCCCACACACCCACACACACACAUGGCGUAUGCGUAAUAUUAAGCGCAAACAGAACAAAAGGCAGCCAAGCACAAACACAGAAAAGGAAAACCCAGAAACGGGAGGCAAAUGGGAAAAAGCAUUUCCAGAGCAUGGUCAGACAGUUGGUCACAUUCCCAGUGGGCAGCAUAAAUAACCUUGAUGCAGAAACAAAAUCUAUUUAAGGACAACAGACGCUGGCCGGAGAAAAGGCCAAAGGGAAUACCCUGUACAAAUGGGAAAAUAUUGUGAUUAUACGAUUGGCUUUCGGCAUAAAUGCUUUUGUGGGAAAUGCAACUUAAGUUCCUUUGUGGAAUUUAAUCUGAAUUUGUAGAUCUUUCUAUAGUAAUGGAAAAUGGGAACUCAACAGCCAGCAAAAAGUCAAAAGUCAGUCUGUCUAUUGAGAUAUGCACGUUUUCUUUGUGAAUGGCCAUAAAAAAUGACAGAUAUUAGCCAAGAAUGGCCACUAUCCUUGACUGAAUUUCGAACUUCAUAUUUUAUCUCUGCACUGCAUUCAGUCCCCGUGGCGUUAAAACCAUUUGCAUAAGCUCAACAUCCUUUUUCGUGCCGCCAUUUCGAUAGAAUUCACUGCACAAUAAGUAUUCAAAAGGCGUUUUUUCUCCUCAUUUUUGGCUCAGCGCCCACUGGCAUUUUUCGGGAAUCGCAAUUCAUUUCUGCGUAAUGCUUUUUACACUUUUUUUUUUAGCGGUCGGGGGUCUUGGGCAGAUUAUAUUGUACCAAUUGAAUGGAAAGCUGAACAACAACUGGCCUGACCGGCGAUUGGUGAGGCUCGAAAUUAAUUUGUCACUGAUAAAGCAAACAAAUGGUCGGAGGAAAUGCGGCAUAGUUACACGGCCCGGACAGCAGUAAUUAAAAAUCAGCCCACAAAACCGGACUAAAGAAAAAUAAAUCCCGCCCACCACAUGCCCAUAUACAAAGAAAACGAAUUUCGCCUUGCUUUUUUUAUUUCUCGUUUUUUUUUUUGUACCCGGCGAGCAAUUAAAAGUUGUUGCGUAUACGCUGCGUUAAAAGGGCCGGAAAAAGAGAGCAAUCGGCUGGUGCAGUUCUUUCGAGGUCACUGCGUUGUACAUUUCCUAUUUUCGGUGCAGAUUCUAUUUAUUGCAAACUGCAGUUACCAGCCUAUGCCACCCCCCUUUUGGGGCGAAAAACUUUCAAUAAUUCAUCUUGUUUAGCAGUUGGCCCAAGUUGAGCCGCAUUGAAUCGACUUUUUCCUCUUUUUUUCCUCUUUUUUUGCUGCCUCGACUUUUGGCACUCUUAUAUAAGCCAGAGGCCCUGGGCACGCAUGUAUCUCUCGGUUCGGAAUAUGCGAAUUUUCUUUUACGAGAGUCCUCCUGCUUUUAUUGUCUACUUCUUAUGGCCAUUUAACCGACGCCACUUUGUCUGCUUGAUGCUCAAACUUUCGGCUUACAUUUUGCCCCCAAACCCAAACCCAAACUCAAGCCCAAACCCAAGCACUCUCGAAUGCUUACACAUAUAAUAUGUACACAAAUCUAACAAACUUAUGCGAUGCUCAACCUUCUCACUUCUGGUGAACCCAACAACAACAACGACGACGCCGACGAAAACAACAACGAGACAGCUUGAUUUGGAGCGUGAAAUCAAGAAAUACGCUCAGGAGGAGCAGGGGGUAAGGGUGAGUGUGUGUUUGCUACUCGUAAAACAAAAUAGAAAAAAAGUACGCACCAAAAAAAAAACACGACUCAGAGCUAAAGACCUUCUUAGGGGCAAUCCAUCCCGUCUUAGCCCCCGACAGCCGAUGACCAAAGCUUAGUAUGCUGCUCAGUAUGCCAGACCACACAAAUCCAUAUUCAAAUAUUAAUGUUGCUUGGCUCACCCUCACUCAGAUCUAUACCAUCUCCUGUCCCGCCCUCCCCUUUUCCCUCAGCAACGCCCUGGCAAAUUAGAAACUAUGCAAAACGUUGCCAAUGGCUGAAUUUUAAUUAGCAGACUAAGCCAGGCACGAAAGGGGUAAGCGAUGGGCUCUAGAUGUGUUACGGGGAUUGGCACAUGCCGAAUCAGGAGCGGACUCAAGUGCGUUGGGGCAGGACCCAAGAAGGGAAUCUCAAAUUAGGCAAUCCUGAGAGGGUUUCGCAAAAAAAAGACAGGAAACUAGAAGGGUAAUGCUUUAAAAACCACAAAUUUAAAGCUAAGAAGAAAUGGAAACAUUAUAUUGGACACAAAACAUUUAAAAUGAUUUAUGGUACUUAUUUCAUAAAAGAAUGAUAGAAUACUGUCCACUUUUGUAUUAAAUGUAUAACCUUUAAAAGUACUUUACAAGCUAAAAAUUUUAAUAAUAAUAAUACUAAUAAUAAUAACAUAACUAUUGAACGACGAAAUAAAUGAAAGCAAUAUAGAUAGCCUCUAUGCCACAGAUAGAAACUCUACAUGCACCCAAACAAUAAUGUCAAUAAAGCAUAAAUCUAGCUAUAAUUGAGGUAUAGAUAUAUCAUGCCCUGGAAAAGCAUCGAAAAUUGUGCCAUAUCGUAAAUUUAAAAGCUAAAAAUAGGGGCUUUAAUCAUGACUGAAGCAACAUAAAAUACUGCCAAGCUCUAUAUUAAAUUUCCCCAGCAACGCCAACCGAUUGCGGCAGGAAUUUCACUCGCAGGUCACUAAAUAAAACUCACACGACACCCCCCCGCACAUAAAGAUCCCGGCCAAAGAGCCAGCCCUGUGUCCUAUGCAUACGCAUAAAUAAUAAUGGGCAUGGAGCACGGCAAACAUGGGGGCUGCGAGAGGUUAAGGGAAAGGGAAAGGGAACAGGGUACUGGGUGCUGCUGCUUACUGGUUACUGGUUACUGGUACUGGCAACUCGUUAUGGCUGCCAGUGGGCCUCGCUCAACGCUUGAUAUAUUAUGCUGCUGCUGGCUUGCACAGCUCUUUGUUUUGCGGGGGUGGCAUAAAAUAAUUACGCGGCCUACCGCAAAAUUCAUUUUGCCAGUGCUUGCGAAAAAAAAUAAAGAAGAAUUAAAGCCCUGCAAAGUUAAGUGUGUUGAGCAGAUACAAAUGCAUUUAAAGCGACAAGUACCUGGGGGCGUUUUCACUUCGACUAAUCGAUUGGCCCGGCGAACAGGAAUUCAAUUUGAAACGGCAUAUCCGAAAACAAAUGACUGCCUAAUGAGUUGCCCACUUAGCAUAAUAAUUGAAUGGAAGCUGCCUUAAUAUGCAAAGUGUUGCCUACUUUUGCGGGCCAGUUGGCCCGGAAUUCCAUUUGUUGGGGUGCUCGCGAUGGGCUGCCUAUCCGGAAGGGGACGGUGCAGGCAAGGGAUGGCAAGGAGGUAAAGAGGGCGGUUGGACCGCCCGCAAGUCAGCUGCUCGAGAAGUGCAGCCCCAUCAUGUGCAUGCGCAGGCCAUCAGUUGCAGGAAAGGCCGUUUCGACCAGCCGCAGCCAGUGCAGGGUUAAGCUUGCAGCGAGUAGCUGUGAAACGAGUUCCCCCACUCCCUCCCACUUCCAGCCACUUCCCCCCACCCUACGGCCCUUUGGCAAGCAAUCAAUAUUGCCACCAGCUUUUGAGCGUAAAUGAACGUAAAAGCUCUCGCCUGACUUGCAAAGCUUUUCUUGUGGCACAGACCACAUGACUGGACCUGAGAGCGCAAUUGGGGAAUAAGGCUCAAUCGGGACGAGUGCCGAAAACGAGAGCCGAGCCCCGAAAGCUAAAAGGAUGAGUGCUUAAGCAUAGUGCCGAAAGCCAAAGGACUAAGAGCUUAGCAUAUAGCAUCAUGAUUUAUGACUAACUUUAUAGUCGAAAGAUUAGAGAGCAAGUAAUUUAGUGACGAAAGCCAAGUAGUCAAUGAGCGAACUAUGAUAAUCCGUAAGAAUAUCAAAGAAGCAAACUAGAAAUAUAUGAGUAAAGAAUAUAUGAAUAUUUUUAUGCUUGGUCAAUAUCAAUCAAAACAACUAAGGUAGCAUUUUAUUUCUUAUUUUAGUUUUUUUCGUUUCAAAAUUAUUUGAAAUAAAUUAAGAAGAUAUAAUCGGUAGUUGCAUAAAAAACAAACUGAGCUGAAAUGUAUUUUUAAAGCCAAGUAACUGAGUGCCAGCAGCUGAAAAAGACAUUCCAAUAUACGAAAUCAGAAUCCAUGAAUAAAAGUAAGCUAUUCAAGAGCCGAAACUCAAUUGAGAUUUAGGUGCCAAUGAAUGGGACCAUAGUUUAUCUGCAAAGCCGAAGGACUGGGUGUAAAAACUUUAACCUUUAGCAGUGCCGAAAAUUGAGUGACUUGGGGCCCAAACAACGAGCAACGAGUGAAAGCUGAACUGCCUAGAGCCGAGUGGUUGAGUGGCAACGGUGCGAAUGAGCGAUUUGCCAUGCCUCGUGGUCGCAAAAGCUCCGCAGGCGCGAACAGUUGUACACGCAACGCUCCAGCCGACGAGCCGAGAUACGGACCAAAAAAAAAGACCUGAAUCGAGCAGAGCGCGUCGCGAAUCGCACUGAAGGAAGAAAGUUUUUGGCACAGGCAAAUGGCAAAAAAAUUUGUGUAGUGGGCAGCGAGCCAGAGCCAAGUGAAUUUGGAUUGUGCUAGGAUACGAAAAUCCCACACGAACCCCAAUAUCCCAUCCGUCUAGAUUCGCGAAAGAAAAUCCCAUUCGUGGCGCGAACGCGUGUGCUGCGAAAAAAAAUAAGAAAAAAGCGAAUAUAUAAAUGAAAAUUCCAUUCCUUGACCGCAAAAGGAUGUAGAUAAAAAGGAAUGUCGAGCAUUUCAUUAUUGUGCCUUUACCUGUAAAUAUCAGUGUCUGUGUGCAAAUAAUAGCUUAAAUCGAGAGUGCCAGUGCCAUUUUUCAAUCCCUGCAUCCUCAUCAUUCAGCACCAGCUGAAGGAAAAGCAGCAGCAAAGCAGCAAAGCAGCAAAGCUGAAAAGCUGAAAACCAGAGCAGCAGUAACAGCAUAAAAUCAAUAAUUUUUGCUUAAGCAGCCGCAGCAGCCAAAAAAAAAAGAAUCUUUCGCAGCAAACAUUAACUAGCAACAACAGAGGACAACGAGAAGAAGAACAACAAUUUCUUUUUAUAGCCCGUCGUCCUGUCUGUGUAGCAGUGUGUGUGUGUGCGUGUGUAUGUGUGUGUGAGAAUGUGUGAGUUUGUGUGGUGGGCCAGAAGGUUACACCCACAUUCACACUCACACUAGCAUUUGCAUUAAGCAGACAGCGCUAAGAAUCAGGAAGCAGCUGAAGCAGCAGAAAAUACAAGUUUUCCCAGAACAGAACAACGACUGUAGUGGAAAAGUAAAAAGUAACGGGGAAGCAGUCUAUUAUUGUAUUACAAUAACACACACACACCUGCGCACAACAACUGCGGCCAGCUCAAAUUACAUAAAUAGCAGCCAGGCAGCACUAAGCACUAAGCCCAAGUACAACGAACUGCAAUUCUGCAAUAAAUACGGCAAUACUGCAACACUGCACUAUUGCAAUUGCAGCAACAUUAGCUCUUAAAGACCCCGGCGAGAGACCCAGAAACCUAUGGACAAUGCCUAUGUCUACUACAAGAUGUACAAUAACUACACGGGCGCCAGCGGAAGCAGUCCCCCAUUGCCGGACAUUAUCGGCCAGUACUACGGUCCGGGACCCCUGUCCUACGGAUCGGCCAAUGGUUACGGCCCCCUCGGCGGCGGCGUCGGCGGCGGUGGCUACGACCUGUACGGCCCAUCGACUUCAACGGCAGCUGGGGGAUACGGACUUUACGAUCCGCAGAUAUACGGACCCUGCCAAACGUCGCCGAUCCGGCGAAGGCGGUAUAGCAUCGCCGGCCUGCCGUCGGCCACCAUGUACAAUGAUGUCUACGGCUAUCCGGCGCCACCGUUGCAACAGACCAGCUCCUCCAAUAUCGUCAAUCUGCUGAACGAGGCCCACAAGUCGAUAUCGCGCAGCUCGCAGAUCCUCAAUCUCACGAACCAGGCCCGUCAACUGGGCCAGCUGGUGACCACGCCCACGGGCACGGGCAUGGGACUGGGCCGCGUGGUGUCCAGCUACCCCACCCUGCAUCCGGGUGACACCUCGCCGCCGUACCUCAACGACAACCUCAUGCAGAUGUCGACGAGCUUCUCCUCGCAGCCGAACAUGUACUUCCAGCCGCAGGCGCAGCAGGUCCUGCCCACGCAACUGACGGCGGCACAGAGUGCGGCUGCGGCGGCGGCACGACUCCGGCCGGCCUACUCGGUGACGAACCUGGUGUCCAGCUACCCGACGACGACGGCGGCGGCGGCGGCCACGACGGCGGGGGGCUAUGGCUGCAAGUACGGGGGUGGCUACGGCGUGAGUCCCUACCAGAGCGAUCUGGGCUAUCUGGGCAAUCCGCUGGUCCCCUUCCAGCAGCAGCGCCAGCUGAUGGCCCACCAGUCGCUGCACGCCUCCAAUCCCGCCAUAUCGCAGUACUACCAGAAUCAGGGGGGGCAGAUGGGGUCAGGAUCGGCCGCCGCUCUGGCCUACAACCUGCAGCAGCAGUUCGCCGGCACGCAGCACUACGGGGGAGGAGCGCAGGGACCGCCGUUGGGACACUCGCACAUUCAGGCGUCGGUGCAGCAGCAGAUGCAUCCGCAGUACCAGUACCAUGUGCACCAGCAUCAGAAUCACCUGCAGACCCAUCCGCUGGCGGCGCUGGCCAACACGAGCGGCCCCUUUGGCGGCACGCUGGCCAGCAGUGCCCGGGACUAUGUGGACGGACUGCAUCAUGCGGCCCACUCACAUACGCAUCCGCAUCAGCAUCAGCAUCCGAUCUCGCAUCCGCAUUCGCACCACCCAACCGCAUCGCAUCAUACGCAUCACACGGCAUAUCCGCACUCGCAUUCGCACCAUCAGCAGCUCCAGCAGCAGCAGCAUCAAGCCCACCAUCACCACCAUCUGCCAUACUCGAAACUAGACUUAGAUUACCCGAAACUGCCGCAAGAGCAUAAGCGACAACUGGACGAAUUCCGUCUUGAAAUACAGAGAAGGGAUCAAGAGAUCCUGGCGAUGGCGGCCAAAAUGAAAACCCUCGAGGAGCAGCAUCAGGACUACCAGCGGCACAUAGCGGUGCUCAAGGAGUCGCUAUGUGCCAAAGAGGAGCACUACAACAUGCUGCAGACGGACGUCGAGGAGAUGCGCGCCCGCCUCGAGGAGAAGAACCGCCUGAUCGAGAAGAAGACCCAGGGCACGCUGCAGACGGUCCAGGAACGCAAUCGCCUCACCAGCGAGCUCACCGAGCUCAAGGACCACAUGGACAUCAAGGACCGCAAGAUCAGCGUCCUGCAGCGCAAGAUCGAGAACCUGGAGGAUCUGCUGAAGGAGAAGGACAACCAGGUGGACAUGGCGCGGGCCCGUCUGUCGGCCAUGCAGGCCCACCACAGCAGCUCCGAGGGCGCCCUGACCAGCUUGGAGGAGGCCAUCGGCGACAAGGAGAAGCAGAUGGCACAGCUGCGGGACCAGCGCGACCGGGCCGAGCACGAGAAGCAGGAGGAGCGGGAUCUGCACGAGCGCGAGGUGGCCGACUACAAGAUCAAGCUGCGCGCCGCCGAGAGCGAGGUGGAGAAGCUGCAGACGCGGCUGGAGCGGGCGGUCACCGAGCGGGAGCGGCUGGAGAUCAAACUGGAGGCGUCGCAGAGCGAGCUGGGCAAGUCGAAGGCCGAGCUGGAGAAGGCCACCUGCGAAAUGGGCCGGAGCAGCGCCGACUGGGAGUCCACCAAGCAGCGGAUCGCCCGCCUGGAGCUGGAGAACGAGCGGCUGAAACACGAUCUGGAACGUUCGCAGAUGCAGCUAGAAGAACAGACCACACUACACAAAACAACGUUUGGCCGGACCACGAUGACCACGUCCCAGGAGCUGGAUCGCGCCCAGGAGCGGGCCGACAAGGCCUCGGCCGAACUGCGACGCACCCAGGCCGAGCUGAGAGUCACGCAGGGCGAAACUGAAAAACGUUUUUCGGAUGCGGAAAGGGCACGUGAGGAGGCGGCCGCCCUGCAGGAGAAGCUGGAGAAGAGCCAGGGCGAGGUGUACCGGCUGAAGGCGAAACUGGAGAAUGCCCAGGGAGAGCAGGAGAGCCUGCGCCAGGAGCUGGAGAAGGCGCAGAGCGGUGUCUCGCGCAUCCACGCCGAUCGUGACCGGGCCUUCUCCGAGGUGGAAAAGAUCAAGGAGGAGAUGGAGCGCACCCAGGCCACGUUGGGCAAGUCGCAGCUGCAGCACGAGAAGCUGCAGAAUUCGCUGGACAAGGCCCAGAACGAGGUCGAUCAUCUGCAGGACAAGCUGGACAAGGCGGGCACGGAGAACCGUCGUCUGGUGCUGGAGAAGGAGAAGCUCACCUACGACUACGACAACCUGCAGUCGCAGUUGGACAAGGCCUUGGGCCAGGCGGCCAGGAUGCAGAAGGAGCGGGAGACCCUCUCCCUGGACACGGAUCGCAUUCGCGAGAAGCUGGAAAAGACGCAGGUGCAACUGGGUCGCAUCCAGAAGGAGCGGGACCAGUUCUCCGACGAGCUGGAGACGCUCAAGGAGCGCUCGGAGUCGGCGCAGACCCUCCUGAUGAAGGCGGCCCGCGACCGGGAGGCGAUGCAAACGGAUCUGGAGGUCCUCAAGGAGCGCUACGAGAAGUCGCACGCCAUCCAACAGAAACUGCAGAUGGAGCGCGACGAUGCGGUCACCGAGGUGGAGAUCCUCAAGGAGAAGCUGGACAAGGCGCUGUAUGCCAGCCAGAAGCUGAUCGACGAGAAGGACACCUCCAACAAGGAGUUCGAGAAGAUGCUGGAGAAGUACGAUCGGGCGCAGAACGAGAUCUAUCGCCUGCAAUCGCGAUGCGACACGGCGGAGGCGGAUCGUGCCCGCCUCGAAGUGGAGGCGGAACGAUCGGGACUGGCCGCCGGCAAGGCACGCGAGGAUCUGCGCAAACUGCAGGACGAGAGCACCAGGCUGCAGGAGGCCUGCGAUCGGGCAGCGCUCCAGCUGAGCCGCGCCAAGGAGUGCGAGGACAAUGCGCGCAGCGAGCUGGAGCACAGUCGCGAUCGCUUCGACAAGCUGCAGACGGACAUACGGCGGGCGCAGGGCGAGAAGGAACACUUCCAGUCGGAGCUGGAACGGGUCACCUACGAGCUGGAGCGGGCCCAUGCCGCCCAGACGAAGGCGGGCGCCAGCGUGGAGGCGGCCAAGGAGGAGGCCGCCCACUAUGCCGUCGAGCUGGAGAAGAUGCGCGACCGGUACGAGAAGAGCCAGGUGGAGCUGCGCAAACUGCAGGACACCGACACCUUUGGCCGGGAGACGCGACGCCUCAAGGAGGAGAACGAGCGGCUGCGCGAGAAGCUGGACAAGACGCUGAUGGAGCUGGAGACCAUACGCGGCAAGUCGCAGUACGAGUCGGAGUCGUUCGAGAAGUACAAGGACAAGUACGAGAAGAUCGAGAACGAGGUGCAGAACAUGGAGUCCAAGCUGCACGAGACCAGUCUGCAGCUGGAGCUCUCGAAGGGCGAGGUGGCCAAGUUGCUGGCCAACCAGGACAAGCAGCGAUCCGAGCUGGAGCGGGCCCACAUCGAGCGGGAGAAGGCGCGCGACAAGCACGAGAAGCUGCUGAAGGAGGUCGAUCGUUUGCGCCUGCAACAGUCCUCGGUGAGCCCCGGCGAUCCGGUCCGCGCGUCGACGUCCUCCUCAUCCGCUCUGUCCGCUGGCGAGCGGCAGGAGAUCGACCGCCUGCGGGACCGCCUCGAGAAGGCCCUGCAGUCGCGCGACGCCACCGAGCUGGAGGCCGGUCGCUUGGCCAAGGAACUGGAGAAGGCGCAAAUGCAUCUGGCCAAGCAGCAGGAGAACACCGAGUCCACGCGCAUCGAGUUCGAGCGCAUGGGCGCCGAGCUUGGGCGACUGCACGAUCGCCUCGAGAAGGCCGAGGCCGAGCGGGAAUCGUUGCGGCAUGCGAACAAGGCAGGUGGUGCCGCUGCCGGUGGCGGAGCCGGUGGUGCCCCCCAUCCGCAGCUGGAGAAGCACGUGCAGAAGCUCGAGUCCGAUGUCAAGCAGCUGGCCGUGGAGCGGGAGCAGCUGGUGCUGCAGCUGGAGAAGAGCCAGGAGAUCCUCAUGAACUUCCAGAAGGAGCUGCAGGCCGCCGAGGUGGAGCUGCAGAAGACGCGCGAGGAGAACCGCAAGCUGCGCAACGGCCACCAGGUGCCGCCGACCGCCGCCGCCCAGCCCGCCGGAGCCUCGCCGGCCGAAAUCCAGGCCAUGCAGAAGGAGAUCCAGGCGCUGCAGCAGAAGCUCCAGGAGUCGGAGCGCGCCCUGGCCGCCGCUGGUCCCCAGCAGGCCCAGGCCCAGGCUGCAGCGGCAGCGGCAGCGGGAGCGAGUCGCGAGGAGAUCGAGACGUGGCGCAAGGUCAUCGAGCAGGAGAAGGGGCGUGCCGACAUGGCCGACAAGGCGGCCCAGGAGAUGCACAAGCGCAUUCAGCUUAUGGACCAACACAUCAAGGACCAGCACGCCCAGAUGCAAAAGAUGCAGCAGCAGAUGCAACAGCAGCACCAGCAGGCGGCGCAGCAGCAGCAAAGCGCAGCAAGUGCCGGCGGAGCGGACGCCAAGGAACUCGAGAAGGUCAAGGGCGAGCUGCAGGCGGCCUGCACCGAGCGAGAUCGCUUCCAGCAGCAGCUGGAACUUCUGGUCACAGAGCUGGAAAAGAGCAAGAUGUCCAACCAAGAGCAGGCCAAACAGCUUCAGACCUCGCAGCAACAAGUGCAGCAACUACAACAGCAGGUGCAACAGUUGCAGCAGCAGAUGCAGCAACUGCAGCAGGCUGCCAGUGCGGGAGCAGGCGCCACCGAUGUGCAGCGCCAGCAGUUGGAGCAGCAGCAGAAGCAGCUGGAGGAGGUGCGCAAGCAGAUCGACAACCAGGCCAAGGCCACCGAGGGCGAGCGCAAGAUCAUCGACGAGCAGCGCAAGCAGAUCGACACCAAGCGCAAGGACAUGGAGGAGAAGGAGAAGAAGAUGAUCGAGUUCGACGUUCAGUUGCGCAAGCGCAAGGAGCAGAUGGACCAGCUGGAGAAGUCGCUCCAGACGCAAGGAGGCGGCGCAGCGGCCGCCGGCGAGCUCAACAAAAAGCUCAUGGACACUCAGCGACAGUUGGAAGCAUGCGUCAAGGAGCUGCAAAACACAAAGGACGAGCACAAGAAGGCGGCAACCGAAACGGAGCGUUUGCUGCAACUGGUACAAAUGUCGCAGGAGGAGCAGAAUGCCAAGGAGAAGACCAUCAUGGAUUUGCAGCAAGCCUUAAAGAUCGCUCAAGCCAAAGUCAAACAAGCACAAACGCAACAACAGCAGCAGCAGGAUGCUGGGCCAGCUGGCUUCUUGAAGAGCUUUUUCUAAACAGUGCCCCCGAAAAAACAGAAAAUACACACAUCUACAGAUGCAGAUGAGGCAAAAGGAACACACCCGUACUAUUUACCCAAAAGCGAUAAUGGAAAUCCAAAACAGCAAGAAAAUACCAAAAGCACUGUCUACUAUUUUGUAUACUACCGAUGCCGAUACCAAUACCAACUAUGCAGUAUUUCUACGACUCACACAUACACUAUACACAAACACACACACACACACACAUUUGUAAAUGACACCAUGUAAAUGCAAUGCGAUAUGCAAAUUAUUUGAUAUUUAUGUGUAUUGUGUAAUUAGGUUGCCGCUAUACUCAAAUUGUGGAUGCAUUUAAAAGUCAGCUCGUAUAGCGUACUUUGUAAACUCUCUUAACUUUCUCUAACUCACUAACUCAAUCCUUUUUCGAACUCAAACUCGAACUCAACUUAAAGUUUAUCGUUAGCCAAGACACCUUAUUAGCCCAAAUUUCCCCUUGAGAGCUUUCUGUCCCUCACUUUCUCUCUGUCGGUCGGAGCUGCAGAACUUAGACUACGUCCUCGGGCACUGCAUCCCCCUAGUCAAUCCAACACUAUUUCCAGUAAGACCCACCCAGCCCCACAUCAGCCAUUAGUUUCCCAACUGCGCGAAUGUGAUGAAAUCGAAACGAGGAGAAAAGCAAAGGGGUAAUUGCAUUACAAUUGAAGAAGCAACCAACUGAGUGCUGUCUUGGACCCAGAGUGGAGCAUGUACUUACAAUUAUCGACGAUAUAUAUAUAUAUAUGCUAGCCCCUGUUAUAGUUAGUUAAACAUGAACAUCAGCCCAUCAUACGCCCACACAAUCACACUGUACAUAAAGCAUUGGCAUCAGACUCGAAGCGGAAAAAGUAUAUCUAUACAGAUACGGAUACAAUAUGUAGAGCAAUAAAUGAUAAACCACAGAUAAUACAAAUAUGAUAUGGACACAACUAACAUAUAUUCAAAGUAUGUAUGUGUGUACAUGUAAAUUGUAGUUACAUGCAUUGCGAUUAAAAAAAUUAUAUUGCCUAGCCUUUAGCCGUGUACCAAAGAACUAUCAAUAUAGACCCAAAAGGAGAACGGAGAACACUACCUACCAUUCGUAUCAGCUAAUAUGGAUAUUAUCGAUAGAAAUAAACUCGAACAUCAACUACAAACAAGUGCAAUCUCUAUUUUAAUUAGUUAAAUCUACACGAUAUCCCCACGUUCCUUAGCCCCCGACAAAAUAGAUCGAGUCCAUUACGCAAGCUUUACCCAAGUCAGCUGUGAAUGCGCAUUAGUAAGAGUACUUAUAAAGUAGAUCGAUAGUUUCAGGAUCGCUCGUAAAUGUUGCUUUUGGUUUAGAUGAAGUGCAAAAAGUGUUAUUGUUAUCAGACAUUAAUGACUUAUACCCCUAUAAUGCAUAUUUACAUACCUAUGGCGGCAUAGUAGCAAAAUGUGUACAAACUGUAGAGUACCAAAUUUAAAUAGCAGGAAAUUAGUGUUUUCAUUGAGUGCAUUUUCGUUCCCUAUAUUUUACUUAGAAGGAAGAAAAAAUCGGGAAGUGGAUAUAUUACGUGAGAUAACGUAGAACGAUGUAAGGAGUUAUCACUGCCAGUGUAAGCAAGAAUAUUGAUAGAAUGGAAAUUUAAGGUUCGUUUAAUCCUAGGGUUUAUCAUUAGAUUAUCAUUUGACUUUCGGUUACUAUAGAAAACCAACCACGAAGACAUUCAGCAAACGACGAAGCAAAAGACACAACACAAUCAUAUCAUACAAGCCUAUAUCAUAACCCCAAGAACGAAAGGAUAGUAGACCCUAGAGGGAAACUCUUUAGCGCUUUAAAUUAUCCUCAGAUCUUUCCACGCCCACUAGCCGAAUGGAGAUCGAUUGUUCAAUUGAUAGAGUACCCCUCCACCACUUAGGUAAUCGAUUAACGACCAAGUAAAUUACGAUAUAGCUGCACUCUUUGCUUUGAUUUCAGUUUUGCGAUCGUUCGAUUUGUGUACAUAAGUUAGGGUCCUCCUUUUCGCCCCAUUCUCUCGCCAAAAAAUAAAAGUUCCCCAACAAGUUCCUAUACCAGGAGCCUCGGGUUUUACGGUGCAGCUGAAGGGUAGGAAACAAUACGAGUUCGCGAGUCAAGUAACAAUUAGUAACAUCUUCAUGCUCGACAGAAGUGUACAUAAGUGUCUAGUUAUGUAAGCAUGACAGGAACUGUAUAAUAUAUGAAAGUUUACUAUAUACGAUAUAAUGUAAUCAUCAAUCUAUAUGCAGACCAUUGAGAACACGAGAACAAUUAACUAUCGACAAAUCAAACCGAACAAACUUCACCGUAGGACACAUUACUCUGGCUACCGAAGCUAAAAACAAGUUAAACACCACGUUGACAAUACAACCACCCACAAAAAAACACACUUUGACACCAAAAAAACACCCUUUGAACACGACCCAUUUAGGAUGGAUGAAAGCCAACAUAUCUGCAGCAAGAUAGCGCUAAUCUCAUGUUAACCGACGACAAAACAGAUGAUAUCUUUGCGAAGCAACAUUUUGAAAGCGAUUUCCUAACGCUGCCAGUUAAGUUCUUGGUCACUUGGUCACUCAGUCACUUUCACCUUCGAUCUCGAUCUCGAUUUCCAGUUAUAGAAGAUGAAACGUUUGCCUUUAACUACUUAACUUAACUUACCACGUAUCGUAUUGUUAGCCUAGAUAGACUCAAUUACAGCAGCAGCAGCAGCAGCAGUGACGAACAAACUGAGAAUAAGAAAAUGAUCUAACUAACGGUCUAUCUACUUAUAGUAUUUGCCGUAAACACUUUAAUCAUAUUAUCCCCGCCGUCGUGUACCCUACUUACAAAUACAAAUACAAUUACAAAUACAAAUACGAAUAAAAAACUAACGAAUAGCAAGAAAAGCUUCGACAACUUUUUCUAUACAAAAUCUAGCGAAAAUAAUAAAUGAUAAAUCAAAUGAUAACAAGCAAAAACACAAAAUCUCGAAUAAUGUAAUUUAGCAAAUUGUAAACUCAAUAUAGGCACACACACACAAACACACACACACACACACUCUAACGCAGACCCGAAUAUCAGAUGAUGAUAGAUUAAAUGAAUUUAUAUGGGAAAGCCUCGAUCGAGAGUCGAUCGAGCAUUACCUAUCGAUGAAUUAACCCCAGUGUGUACUUCUCUGUACAUAGACCUAUAUAUAUAAUUAUUUAUGACUAGAGCAAAGCAUACCAUAGAUGAAAAUAUAGGAAUAUACGGAUACAAAAACAUAUACAUAGCAGAUAUGGAAAGAGAGCGCAAAUUAUAUAGAUACUUCAAGCAUCAUCCAUCAAAGUUCAAGGCCGAAGAUCGUAGUCGGAGCAAAAACUUGCAUAGAGAGGAGGAGGCAGAGCAGAAGUGUAAGCCCCAAGACACCAAAACACCCCAAACCGAAUCCGAUACCGAAAUAUCCGCAGAGAAAUGAGAAAAACAAACAACAAUUUCGUGUAAACAUUUUUUUAAACAAGUUUGGUGAUCUACGAUAUUGGUAAUAAUUAUUGAUAAAUAAAAAAUAAAAUAAAAUAAAAUAAAAUAAAAUAAAAUAAAAUAAAAGGAUAUAUAUAUAUAUAUAUAUAUACAUACAUAUAUUAUACAAAUAUAUGAAGUAAAGCCUAGUACUCAGAUCGCCGAACUUUUUUGGAAAAUGAAAAGGUCAGUUUUGACACAGUGUGAUCAGUCAAUAGAUUAAAAUCACCGAUAGUUGAACGGCCGCACUGCGGUGUUGAAUUUCAAUUUUAGUUUUUACACAAUUAAAUUACACAUUAAAUCUUUAUGAUCCAAAUAGAAUUUUGCCGAUCUGAGCACUAGACUUUAAGCAGGAGUAGGCAAAAAUGAACGGAAACAAGGGGAGGCAUACAUAAAGUACGAGUAAAUAUUUAUUAUAUAAUGUUUUUUAAGUAACUUAUAGUAAGCAUUAUAUAUACACACAUAUAUAUAAAUUAUACAUAUAUGAAACUACAUAAGUUUACAAGGUAUAUGACAUAAAAAAAAAACAAAAACAACAAAAACCAAAUUAAGAAUCAACCACAACAACAAAGAGCAACAUAAAAGGUAAACAACAACAACAAAAAAAAACGCAACCGCAGCAACUAAACAAAGUAAACGAUUAGAGAUGAGGUGGGAAAAUAUAAUAAUAAUAAAAUAAAUAAAUUUAUUAUAUACAUACAUACAUAGAAGAAUAUUACAAAUGGGAGAAAGUCGAGCAAAAUGAAAGCGAGAUGAAAAUGAUUAUUUGAAACAUGUUCAUUAUAUAUAAAUGUCAUUACAAAUGUUCUUCAAAACUGCCUACCAAUAAAAUAUAUUUCAAAUAA